AUCCCACUUCGUAGCUGCCCUGGGGUCCCGUCACCAGCUCUAGACCCACAGGCUUGUUGUCGAGUCCUAUUCCUCCCUUUGCGACACCAACUUACUCCCCUCUUCCGGUCGUCGGCAUCUUUGCUCUCUCUAGUACAUGCACUGGCUUCUUCACUUUGAUCAUCGAGACGUCGCGGUUUUUGGCCUGUUCUCUGUCCCGGCCCUCUGUGUGCCAUCGUUGCCGACAGACUUUGGCUCCCAGAUUGAUUUGAGGCUAUCUGACUCAAGUCGCAUCGCAUCACCAUGAUACUGGUCCGAGUUGGUUGCCUCAAUAUCCUCUCCCUCCACGUCGUAAGUGCUGCCUUUAUCCACGUUCAAUGCGCUUGUAUGCGGCUAUCCGUGCUUCUUUUUGUGGAAAACUGCUUUGCGCUGCAGCACGUAAAUCGCCAUUUCACUCUUCGUUUCCCGUUUCUGGAGAUUGAACUCUCUUGCACCAACGUACACCCUUGGGAUACAAGAACCUAGCAGCUCUAUACUGUACCUUUCAUGCCUCAUGAUCAUCUGCUGGAGCCCCUUCGUUCGUCAUUAAUCUUGCACUAACACCACCUCGUAGUGAUUUUCUCCAACGACGGUCCC